AUGUCUUCUUGGUGUUCAUCAGAAGAUGCUCAUAAUCAAUCUUCAACUCCUUCCACACGUUCCCGUAAAUCAUCUUGGCUUAUUUCAAAAAUUGAUGAAAAUGAGAUUGAUAAAGAAGUUCAAGAGAUGAUGGAUGAUUGGAGACGCAGCAAUGAAGCAGAAAACCACGUGGAAUGCAUAAAAGCUGCAUUGGAGUACUGUAGAGAUAAACUAAAGGAACUGCUCAUAGAUGAAGAAGAUACAGAAAUGGAUGGGAAAGAGACAAAGACGAAACCUAUCAACAUUGUCUCUAACACAGAGUUCCCGGAGGAUCGUGAUGUUCUUGGAAAUCUUGUGAAUUGUCUUGAUAGGCAACAAAAAGCAGCUCGACAACAAAUGUAUUUCGACAAAAUUGUACAAUUGGGACUGGAGAGGCAGGCUUUGCAGGAUGAAGCUGUUGUUUCAACGUCAUCUCCAUUAGACGAGUGCCGUGCUGAAGGACAUGAAUUUGUAAUGCAACCAGUUAGAGGUGGACAUAAUCCAUGUUGUGAAGUUUGUAUGCACACAAUUUGGAGGCUCGUGCAAUGGUGGAGGCGAUGCAGAGUUUGUGGAAUGCGUGCUCAUGACAAAUGCGCGGAAGAGGUGAAACGAGUGUGUGCCGGAGUUCUGUCAACUCGAGCAAAAUUCGAAUUAAACACAAAUUUGUGUGAGGAACGAAGCCUCGCGGAGCAGGAAUAUCAAUGUGCUGAAUGUACUGCACCGAUUUGCUUUGAUGGAGUUGCUGAACAAGAAGCACGUCUUUGUGAUUACAGUGGAGAGCUUUUUUGCCCAAAUUGUCACUGGAAUGAUGUUUGGAGCAUUCCUGCCAGAAUAGUCCACAAUCUCGACUCAACACCACGACCUGUCUGCCGAGCCGUCAAGCAAUUACUUGCAAUCAUAGACCACCGACCGUUAAUCGAUAUAAACGAGUCAACACUUUCGCUCAUAAAAUUUCAUAAGGAACUACGCCGAGUAAACGAACUGCGUCGAAACUUUCUUCUGAUGAAGUGUUACUUUGUUAGUUGCCGUACGGCAAGACGUCUCCGAAUCCUACAGUACCUCAAUGCUCACUCACAUUUUGUCGAUAACUCUGUCAUGUAUUCACCGAAAGAACUCCGUGAGCUGUGCGAUGGCACGUUGUUACCCGAUUUGGAACAGAUCCAUACAGUUUUUAGAAAGCAUAUUGAAGAGGAAUGUGAGACUUGUGCUGGAAAUGGAUUCUUCUGCGAACUUUGCGACGACAUCAACGUAGAUCAGAAAAAUAAAAUCCUAUAUCCAUUUACUGAAAAUACACGGUCAUGUGCCACGUGUCUUGCAGUCUACCAUAAGAAAUGCUUCGAAAGGAAAAGUUUAAAUUGUCCAAGAUGUGAACGACGUCGAAAACGAACUGAGAUCCCGAAAACAUUGAGUUCAAGUGAUGAGAAGGAAGCAGUGAGAAAUUAAUUUCAAAAAAUUCCAUUUAAAAACCACAUUCCCCUACUAUUGUAAUAAUUGAGUGCCUUAAAUAUUGUCUAAUACUGUAAAAUAAAAUAAAAUAUUUUUAUUGUUAA